GUGCCAUUGUGUGGCUUCCAACCGCCGAGUCCGGUGGCAGCCGCAGCUCGAUCCAGAAGCUGAUGCACCUGCUUCACUCGCUGCUUGCACUGUCGCGAUUUCCUCUGACGUCGAAGUCGCCCGGGAUGGAGGUGAGGAGAAUAUGGUGAGAGAACGGGAGGGAUAGAGGGGGAGAGGAGAACAACAGCUUGUGACUUUGUGAGAGUUGCAGGAUGCAGGGCCGGUUCGAUACGCCGGCAAUGAAGAGAACCAGUGACUGGAUCCUCUCACAAGAACUCCCAAGCGAUAUUACCAUCCAGGUUGGGGAAUCCACCUUCAACUUGCACAAGCUUCCAUUGGCCUCGAGAUGCGGUUACAUAAGGAAGCAGGUGUCAGGAAUCAAUGGCUCCAAGGUCACCCACCUCGAGAUCACGGGCAUGCCGGGCGGCGCCAAGGCGUUCGAGUUCGUCACCAAGUUCUGCUACGGCGAAAACUUCGAGAUCACGGAGGAAAACGUCGCCAUGCUGCGGUGCGCCGCCGAGCACCUGGAGAUGUCCGACGAGAGCAAGGCCGGCAACCUGAUCGGCAGAACGGAGGCAUACUUGGAGGCCGUGGCGCUGAUGAGCCUCGCGGGCGCGGUCACCGUGCUCCGCAAGUCCGAGGAGCUCCUCCCGGUGUCCGAGGAGGUGGACCUCAUCGGCAGGUGCAUCGACGCCAUUGCGUACAUAACCUGCAGCGACAGACAGUUCAGCAUGUCCCUGGGCACCACUGCCGGUAGCUACGACGGCGUGAGCGGGUUGUCGGUGCUGCCGCCGAAGGCCGUCGACGACUGGUGGGCCGACGAGCUGACGUCGCUGCGCAUUGAUACGUUCCAGAGAGUUCUGAUUGCGAUGAAGUCAAGAGGGUUCAAGGGCAUUGCUUUGGGCACACUGAUCAUGCUCUAUGCUCAGAAGUCUCUGCGAAGACUGGACAUACACGGAAGAGAUAGGAAGAAGAUGGAACCGAGGCAGGAACACGAGAAGCGGGUGGUUCUUGAAACGAUCGUGAGCCUGCUGCCGAGGGAGAAGAACACGAUGUCAGUGAGCUUCCUGUCGAUGCUGCUGCGAGCGGCGCUCUACCUCGACACGACGCUGGCGUGCCGUCUCGACCUCGAGAAGAGGAUGGCCGCGCAGCUCGGGCAGGCCGUGCUCGACGACCUCCUCAUCCCGUCCUUCUCGCCCGAUGCCAGCACCGCGUUCGACGUCGACGCGGUCCAGAGGAUCCUGGUCGGGUACCUGGAGCACGAGGGAGAGGCAACCCAGCUGGACUACAACACGGACGACGACUUCAUCUCGACGGCGUCGCCGCCCAACGAUGUCGGCAUGGUUGGCAAACUCAUGGAAGCCUACCUGGCCGAGAUCGCCUCGGACAUUAACCUGCCCAUUGACAAGUUCACUGGCCUCGCUGAGAUGAUCCCGGAACGCGCCAGGUUUAACGAGGACGGCAUGUACCGCGCCAUUGACAUCUACUUGAAGGCGCAUCCGUAUCUGAGCGAGGCCGAGAGGAAGAAGGUGUGCAGUGUGAUGGACUGCCAGAAGCUGUCGCGCGAGGCGUGCGCGCACGCGGCGCAGAACGACCGCUUGCCGGUGCAGACGGUUGUGCAGGUCCUGUACCACGAGCAGCGACGCCUGCGCGAGGCGCCACCGAGCGGCGCGUCGUCGUUCUACGGCGGCGACUCCCCGUCGCUGCCCUACAAGCUCGCGUCGAGCCUCCAGGGCCGGCUCGCCCGGAGCGUGCCGGACGAGGUGUCGCGGCUGCAGCGGGAGAACGACGAGCUCAAGAUGGAGCUUCUGCGCCUGAAGAUGCGCAUGAGGGACUCGUCGGCGUUCCCGGUGGCCGGUGGCCUUCCGCCGUCGGGUCGACCCCCUCUGCCGAAGAAGGCUGGCGGCGGCGGCGGCGGCGGCGGCGGCGGCGGCGGGUUCAUGAACAACGUGUCCAAGAAGCUCGGGCGGCUGAACCCGUUCCUGAGGCUGGACGCGGUGGGUGGCGGGAGAGGGCGCACUAAGCCUCCCAAGGAUCGGAGGCACUCCAUUUCUUGAUCAAUCUGGUGAAGUGGCCCAUGCUUAUGGCCGGCUAGGCUUCUUUCGUCUUGAAUCUUGAUGGUAAUUUCACAUGAACAUAAAUGACUCACGAAUCGAAUGGCUUGAGUUGUGAGAGUAGAUCUAGGGAGCAAUUUCACGUGUACAUAAAUAAUCUUGCACAAGUACUAUGUUAGGGAACAUGGAUGUAGUGGGUUGUAAAUGUGUCACUUAACCGAUUCUUGUCA